AUGCUCGGAUACUUUAACAGAACCCAUGCUGCUCAGGUCGGAAGCUGGGAUACUUUCCAGGGGUUUUUGAUAUUUGAAGUUUUGCUUAUUAUUGUUAGUUUUCUUUCCAUAAGCUUCUGGUUCUUAGUGAUACUCACCGCAAAAAACAUGCAUCCAAAUUUUCGAAUUAUCAACGCUUUCUAUUACGGACAAUACUUGAUUCAACUAAGCUUUUGGGUAAUUCAGCCAUUCAUCAUUUUGAGGGAAGGUUUGGACGAUUCUGACAAAUUUGGCAAUAGCCUCUUCACACUUUGUAGUUAUGUCAGAAUUGUUGGGAUUUUUUAUGCGUUCUGCGCUUUGCCAGCUUUGGUCAUCGAGAGAAGCUUUGCAACGUAUUUGCUGGAGAGUUACGAGAAAAAACCAAAUUUGUGCAUUGGAACAUUUAUUGUCAUGUUUCAAUGGGCAACAGCAGCAUCUGUGGGAAUACACUUUAAUCGUGCAUCUAACACCGUCGAGCACACUGCCGGUGCAAUAAUCGCAAAUUCGUUGGCAGUAAUUCUGAACAAAUUCAACGAAAAAUUGAACUCAAAGUACUAUUAUGCAAUGGAUCGAGCGUCGUAUUCAUUGUCGGAACGAUUUCAAAUAACCGAGAAUAUCAAGACUGCAAAGACCUUCAACAACAUUGUUUUUUCGAUUGGAUUUUUCAACACUAUUGUGAAUGUUUGUUUGAUUCUUGACAACUAUGACAUUCCUGUAACCUAUAAGAACAUUGCUUCAGUGUGCUGUGACUACGCCAUUUUAUUAUACGGAAUAAUUGUGCCAAUUGUUUACUAUAUCCAGACAGAGUCUUGGCAGAAACGGGUAGCAGUGAUGAUGAAAGGAUGUUGCAAACCGAAAGUGGUGCCGUUAAAGGACACUUUCGGGCAUGAUAUGACAUCUCAUGGAGCUUGUGAAGAAACUACGAGAUAUUUUGAAAUGCUGGCGACUCAGUGGAAAUAA